AUGACUCCGCACAAGGUCGCCAUACAACCCCCGGCUAAAAGACUAGUACUAUUUGUUGGUGAUGGCCUAAGAGCGGAUAAACUAUAUCAGCUUUAUCAGGAUGAACAUGAUCACGAUAAAUUCGUUACAUAUGCACCAUUUUUAAGAGAUAUUAUACUGAAUCACGGAACAUGGGGUGUAUCUCAUACUCGAGUACCCACCGAAUCAAGACCCGGUCACGUUGCAAUGAUCGCAGGAUUUUAUGAGGAUGUUAGUGCUGUGACUAAAGGUUGGAAAGCGAAUCCGGUCGAGUUCGACUCC